CCCCAAGUUCGUGCCUUGCGGACACACCGUGUGCCUGCAGUGCCUCCAGGGGAGCGAGAGGGGGAGGUGUCCCAUAUGCCGGACGGCCUACAGAGGUACUCCCGAGUCGCUCCCCAACAACUUCAAGCUGAUGGAGUGCCAGGGCAACGCGAGGCUCCCCAGUCCGUGGUGCACGAGCUGCAGCGCCAUCGCCACGCCCCGGUGCUGGGGCGAGCACGAGGUCCUCACCACCAUGGCGGCGCUGAGGCGGCGCCUGCAGGGGGGCGUGCUGCAGCAGGCCGCCGCGCAGCUCCAGAGCGUUCAGCGCCAGUUCCAAGAGAAGGAGGCCCAGAACGCCCUCACACUGCUGGCCAGAGAGUCCUGGAGUGUGACUCUGCAGGGAGGCGACCGCAUCCUGACGGGGACCCUCCGAAACUCGGGGGACCCUGCGGACUCCCUCACCGAGGCCCUGUGCCUCCUGCUUGCGGCGCGGACCAAGCUCACCGAGGAGGGGACUGCGCGAGAAAGGGAAGAGGGGCAUAUUAACAACAUGUCCACCCAAUCACAUCAUGGUCACCCUGUCAUUUCCUGGCCCUGCAACAACAACAACAACAACUACUACGAGGCAGUGGCAGAAGCCACCCUGCGGGCCGCGCCGGGGGUGACAUGGAUCGGCGGUGUGGACUGCGGCCCUAACCCUCGCUUGACAAAUUGGCCCACCUGGAGCCUCGAGCUGCUGAAGGUCGCCGCGCCCACGUUGGAGAAGCUCAGACUGGACAACCCGAGGGAGGAACACCUGCACGUGGUGCACGACAUGCCACGACUGAGGAGGCUCGAGAUGAGGGUCAGUAGAAAUGAAAGCGGCUCUGGCACCCUGAGAAGUAAUAACCUCGUGCUGCCCGCACUGCUGCCGGGACGCGACGGCCUCCGAUGGCUCUCGGUGGACGGUCUCUCCCGCGUCACGCUGCAGUCUCUGCUGCGCGCUCACGGCCAGUCCCUAGAGGAGCUGGUGCUGUGGAUGGGCACCGAAGCGGCGGGGCUGGGCCGGGGGUGGCCAUACCACUGCGCCGACCUGCACGUUUUCGUAGAGCAGUGCGGCCUGCGGGCGCUGAGGAGGCUUUUGCUGUGGCGCCAACUACUAGGCCCUCGCGCCCCAAAUCUUUACCAUGAUCCGGACGAAUGCAGAAAGCAGUGCACCGAGGUGCGGCGGGUGUUGCCCGGAGUCCAGGUGCUCUGCGGCAAGUGUGACGAUGCGCAGCUGGGGAUCCCUUAACACGUUCGGUGCGGAGUGACCAUAAUGCAGUCACGCUUUGCCACUUUGUACGAUCACCAAGAUGCACAGCCACACUGAACGUGUUAGCAAGGGAACGGCCAUCCAGGAGUUUACCGUUUACCCCCGAUUUUGGCGUAAUAAAUUCGUUGUAAAGUAACCCUGGCACUAAUAGUUGGACUAGAUGGACGGGCGGGCCAGCUGCUAGAGUGUCAAUUAUUUUUUUUACAAUGUGCAUGUUUUUUAUUCGAUAAUUUGCAUUUGUUCAUCGUUUCCAUUAAUUUUCGAAUUAAACAAUAUUAGGAGUCUGAGA